GGCGCUGGGAGCAGCGACGACGCGGCGGCGGGAGGAACAGAUCUCCCAGGAGUUCCUCGAAGGCGCUGCUCCCCUCUCCCGCUCAUAUGCCGCUGGGACUAGGGCGUCGGAAGAAGGCCCCACCGUUGGUGGAGAAUGAGGAGGCAGAGCCCGGACGAAGCGGGCUGGGUGUCGGGGAGGUGGGGUCCUUGGGUGGAGGUGGGGCCGUGGGGGCCCAACUGGGCCUGCCUCCCCCCCCACCAGCCCUGCGACCCCGCCUCGUCUUCCACACUCAGCUGGCCCACGGCAGCCCCACUGGCCGCAUCGAGGGCUUCACCAACGUCAAGGAGCUGUACGGCAAGAUCGCGGAGGCCUUCCACCUGCCCCCUGCCGAGGUGAUGUUCUGCACGCUCAACACCCACAAGGUGGAUAUGGAAAAGCUCCUGGGGGGGCAGAUUGGACUAGAGGACUUCAUCUUCGCCCACAUCAAGGGGCAGCGCAAAGAAGUGGAGGUGUUCAAGUCAGAGGAGGCCUUGGGGCUGACUAUCACCGACAAUGGGGCCGGCUACGCGUUCAUUAAGCGGAUCAAGGAGGGGAGCGUGAUUGACCGGAUCCAGGUGAUCAACGUGGGGGAUAUGAUCGAGUCCAUCAACGGGCAGAGCCUGCUAGGCUGCCGGCACUAUGAGGUGGCCAAGAUGCUCAAGGAUCUGCCCAAGGGGCGCACCUUCGCUCUCAAACUCACAGAGCCCCGCAAGGCCUUUGACAUGAUAAGCCAGCGAUCCGGAGGAGCUCGCUUUGGCCCAGGCUCCCAGCUGGGCACUGGUCGGGGAACACUGCGCCUCCGCUCCAAGGGCCCUGCUACUGUGGAGGAGCUGCCCUCUGCAUUUGAGGAGAAAGCCAUCGAGAAGGUGGAUGACUUGCUGGAGAGUUACAUGGGCAUCCGGGACACUGAGCUAGCGGCCACUAUGGUAGAGCUGGGCAAGGACAAGAGGAACCCGGAUGAGCUGGCCGAAGCUCUGGAUGAGCGGCUGGGAGACUUUGCCUUCCCCGAUGAGUUUGUCUUUGAUGUCUGGGGGGCAAUCGGGGAUGCCAAGGUCGGACGCUACUAGACCCUAGCGCUGGACUCUGGGGAGUACGAGUUAACCCUGGGCCAAGAAGGCGGGUCUUGUGGAGGGUAUGGGGUCCAGAGCUCUCUCUUCCCCUCUUCCCCCUCCCUUUCCAAGGAGAUGGUGGCAUAGUGGCUUUCCUCUUCUGUUCCCCACUAGAGCAGGGGCCUAGGCUCAUUAGUCCCUGCAAGGAGAAAGAGUUUCCUCUUCUGUUCCCCACUAGAGCAGGGGCCUAGGCUCAUUAUUCCUUGCAAGGAGAAAGAGAGGAGGCCUGUAGAGCAAGGCCGCACAGAGGCAUUAGAGGACCGCGGCGUUCCCUUCCCAGCCGGCCCCGCAGCCCCUCCGAGUCCUUCGGGCUUGGGCCGCCGGGCCCGAUGAGUUGCAGGAUUUCAGGUGCUGACAGGGAGAGGGGAGGAGCCCUUCCACCUUCCUUCUCCACCGGCCCGGGCCUCGGCAUCGGGGAGCGGAGCUGUUAGAAGACCCAGGCAGCCAGGGUUUUCCGGUCAAUCUCAGCCCCUUAGAGCCAGCGGGGUGAGGGGUGGUUGGUGGUGGUCAGCCCCACCCUGCCCCCACCAAGCGCAAGCCAAUCGGUACCUACCAGAGCUGUCCCCUCUUUCCCCAAGCUGCACCCCCCCCGCCCCCCCCUUCCCACCUACCUCAGCAGGCAGACGGGAGGAAUGGGCCCUGAGGGAGGAGGGAAGGGGGAAAAGUGAGCCCAGGGCCGCCCCCUCUCCCUCUUCUUUCCGCAGCAGCUGCCAAACAACCUCCUUGGCCCGAAUCACCCCUCCCCGGAGCGCUUGGCUCUGUGUGGUGGGGGGGGGUCGUGACCUCCCAUUUCCCUGAUGCAGAGAAGGAGGAGGUGGGGGGAACAGGCAUUCGCUUCUCCCCUCACCCAGUCCUUGCCUGUCCCUGACCUAUCCCCCACCCCCUUCGACUCGGAUCAAAAGCAAUAAUAACUCCCCAUCAAACCGAGAGCCUCACCCUUCAUCCUGACUGCUCCCUUCUCUCCCCCCCCCCACCCCGACUAAAAGCCCCUCUCCCCAGAACUAUUACCUCUGUGUGUGAACUUUGCUGCUGUGAACUGCCUCCCUCCCACCCUGACUUGUCCCCUACUGUCUCUUUCCCCCAUCCUCUGUUCUCCCUAACUUGUGGGGGAGAGCCUGGGGAGCUGGGAUGGGA